AUGGAAUAUCGACAAACUUUCGGCGAGACUCACACCAAGCCGAUUCUCUGUCUUCAAUACAAUCCGAACAGGAGGGAGAUUUAUUCAGGCGGUGAAGAUGCCUUGAUUCGAGUAUUCGAUGAGACCGGAAAACCAUUGCAGACACUGGCGGAACACGCGGGAUGGAUUACCGGGCUUUGCUAUUGCAAGGAGUACAAGACCCUGUUCUCAUGCGCGAUAGACGGGCUUCUGAUUGCAUGGGGGGCGAACGGGCGACCGAUUCAGAAGAUUGAGACCGGCACUCCAAUCUACUCCCUCGCCUACAACUCCCGCCGUCAGCAAAUCAUGGUCGGUUGUAACAAAGAGGUCCGGGUAUUCCAUCUCGUCAGCCUUGAUGAGAACCAUGGGCCUGGGGGAGGCGCGGGUCCGUUGACCGACAUAAUCGAGCCGAAGGCAAUUUCUUGUGCGGAGCAUGUAGACAUUGUGAGCUGCUUGGUUUCGUGUGAAGGACGGUUCUAUUCUGCCGGAUAUGAUCGGAAACUAGUGAUCUACGAUAUUCCACAUCAUGGAAAUCUGAAAUUGCGAGUGUCCUACGUGCUUCAGAACGCGCACGACGCUGCCAUCUCGUGCAUGAUAUACGGAAAAGAUCCGGACAACAGCUGGCUAAUCACAGGAUCGUUUGACUGUUCAGUCAAGCUUUGGUCGCUCGAUGGCAACCUGUUACAGCGAUUUGAUGUCACGUCGCUUUGCUACGUCAAUCCCACCCAAACGCUUUGGAUAACCGCCAGCUCUCAUGCGCCAAUCAUCUACGAUCCCAAGAGCGGCAUCAAUGUGUCGGACUUUGUACGAACAGGAGACGAAAACGCCCCACAUCAAAUGGGAGGCUUGACGUACAAGCACCUAUUAUUCGUUCCAGAGGUCAAUGAGGUGCUGGCUGCAACGAGCCGAAAGAGCAUCGUGGUCUGGAAGUUCAAUCCGUCUUCAGCUUUGACCGUGUUACCGGGGCAUACAGAUGUUGUGGAGUGUUUGACCUUCACUUCCAAGGAACCACUCCUGAUCUUCAGUGGCGGGGAUGAUGGCGUCAUUAGAAAGUGGGAAAGGUUACAACUGAAUACGUUCAUCCAGGAGACCUUGAUUCUUCCCAGUGAAGAUCAGAAAGAGGAGGAACCGAUGCUCUACACUUUCGCCAGACGCCCAGAAGAGCGUCGCAAAAAGCAAGCCGCGAUGCAUAAACGAAUCGCAGCAAAACUCCACAUGUGGGAGCGCGGAGACUCGCAGACCGACGGCAGUUCCAAAGCAACUCUACUGUCACUCUCCAAGGCCGCACGCCGAACAUUACGGAAAAAGGAAUUCGAGACCAAUUCUGGCGAUAGGGCGCUGAAGGAGCAUCGCCGACAUAUGGAUGAGUUUGAGAGCGCUUCGGGGAGUCUGAAACGGAGAAGUGGGUCUGCCGGUGCCACGAAUAAUCCUGAGAAAGAACGAAGCAGUCAUAAACCUGGGGUGAUGUCCUUGUUGUAUUAUGAAGACUUAGAUAUGCUGAUCUCGGGGUACGAGGAUGCGAAGAUCCAUAUCUGGGGCUACAACGAGGAGAAUGUUCGUUUUGCUGCGGAUGCCAAUGAUCCCAGCGCCGCCAACACGAAUAGAAACAAUGAAAAGGAGCUUGCGGAUGGCGUAGAAAGCACCUUAAUAGCAGAGGGGGCCGUAUCCAACCGCGUGGCGGGAAUGUCCCUAAAGUACACAUUGGAAGACCACAAGGACGCCGUCUCAGGGCUUGCGUGCUUUCAGCGAGAUGGAACGCACUGGUUGCUAAGUGCAGGCUUCGAUCGCCGGAUUUGCAUCUGGGAAUACAAUCCCAUCGUCGGCGUUUUCCAAAAGCGAGACGUCUUCCGCAAUGCCCAACAAGGCUUCGGCAAAGAAGAGCUAGCCGCUGAUGGAAUCAUACUGGACCUCGAAUACGCGCCGGAGCGCAACGAGUUUGCCUACGCUUCGGCCGAUAAGUUGGCGUACAUCCGAAAGUUCUCGCAGAAAGGUUCAGAAAUGCUGCUACAAGUCGUAUUGCAAGGACAUGAAGCUGAAGUCAAUCAGGUCAAAUGGUGCCGGAAGUAUCAGCACUGGAUUACAGCCUCCGAAGAUCGCACGAUUCGUAUAUGGCCGGCCGAAGGGAUUCCUUGCACGCGAAUCAUAAACAACGAUGCGCCCGUGACAGCCUUAUGCGUAGAUCUGAUCAACGGAAGCAUCGUCGCCGGGAUGAGAGACAAAACCAUUCGGGUGUUUGACCCGGAAAAGGGGGAGCUGGUGCAGAAGAACGUAGGACAUACGGAUGAAGUGAGGCGGUAUGUAUCUGCGUCAUGGGAUAACACAGUUCGCAUGUGGAAUGCCCACAUGAAGAAAGGUCAACCACGAUCGGUAGCCAAGCCAGCCGAGGCCACAUUUGCUGGGAUAUUUGACGAGCCUGAAGAAGGGGUUGGUACCACCUUCAUUCAUACAAACCCUCUCGUUCGCCCUAUUCUCCUCUCCCGGCCCGUAUUCAUGCCAGGUUUAACAGCAGAUUCCACGGCAGGGUCAAAUGAUGACCCAGAGCGGCUACUGCUAGAGCAAGCACGCCUACAGGAGGAUCUCCGUUCAACAUUCAACAUACUUGAAACAACAUUGCAAAAUCAGGACGCACAAAAUCGGAAGAAGGUGCACACGAAGCCACCACUCUCAAACGUCCCAACGGCUACGAAUCGAGCGCCGUCGGCGACUCUUGCCCAGUAG